AUGAACUCCCCACAAGGUGCUGCUACUAGUGUGUGGGCAGCUGUGUCGAAGGAUCUCGAAGGGCAAGGAGGAAAGUACUUGAAAAACUGCCACAUUUCAACUGCGCAUGUUCCCACAGAGAGGAUUUGGGCACCGGGCUAUGGCCCGUAUGCGUAUCAUGUCGCUGGUGCCAAGAAGAUGUGGGAUGUCUCCUUGAAAUAUGUUUCACUCAAGUGA